ACAUUUGAUGUGGUGUUCUUCGCAACAGGCUAUAACUCCUCGUUUCCAUUUUUAAGUGUAAAUUCGGGUGUUUAUGUUGAGAAAAAAUUAGUUCAACCAUUGCAUAAGCAUAUCGUCAGCGUGGAGCAUAUAACAAUGGUUUUUAUUGGCAUGGCUCCUAUUCCUCCAAGUAUUCCUAUCAUCGAUUUGCAAGUUCGGUUCGCACUAAAAUUCUUAUCUAGUGCAAAGAAAUUGCCAACGAAAGCAGAAAUGUUGAAAGAUGUGCGAAAUCAAAAUGAAAGGAAACUUUCGAUAGAAGAUUGGAGAGAAUAUGUAAAACAAUUAUCUGAAUUAGCCGGCAUUGAACCUGUUUCAGACGUUCUUCUGAAAAUUGUACAAGAAGAUAUUGCAGCAAUAGCUCGUAAUCCAAACGACUACCGGAAAUAUCGAUACAUAAUAAUUGAUGACAAAAGAUUUAGAAAAGAAAAAUACAUAACAUAACGCCUGUUGUAA